AACUCUACCACAUCUUUGCCCCAAACGGUACCCCACUGCCUGCCCCCCCUUCGAUGGGCGUCCCCUAGGUGCCAGGGUGGGCGUUGGCUAGGGGAAGAUCCCCAGGGCAGCCGUGGGUGCUGCACCCACUGCCGAGCCCUCCCCGGGGAGCCGCAGGGCAGGGCGUUGGCCACCACCCCUCGCCCCUUCCCCAGCGCCCGACGCCUGCGGGCAGUGGAUGAUUCACGGCAGUUUUCCUUUUAAGGCUGGGCUCGCUGGGGAGGAAGCAGAGGAGGAGGAGGAGGAGUGGGACACUCCUUCGCCCCGGCUGGCUCCUCCUGCUCUCGCUCGAGGCUCCGACGCUCAGCCAAAAACGAAUCCCGGCGGCAGGGCUCGGCAGAGGCUCCGACGGCUCCAGCCCCGCUCCUCGCCCAAGCGUCUGCGCUGCGCCCGCGUCCCAGCCAUGGCAAGAAACCACCAAGUGCAGAAGGCCAAGCUGGCCGAGCAGGCCGAGCGCUACGAGGACAUGGCAGACUUCAUGAAGGCCGUGGUGGAGCACGGGGAAGAGCUGUCCAACGAGGAGCGCAACCUCCUCUCGGUGGCGUACAAGAACGUGGUGGGCUGCCAGCGCUCGGCCUGGAGAGUCAUCUCCAGCAUCGAGCACAAGACCGAGGAGGGGGACGACAAGGCACAGCUGGUGAACGAGUACCGGGAGAAGGUGGAGAGGGAGCUGAACGGCGUCUGCAAGAGCGUGCUGGCCCUGCUGGACAAGUACCUGAUCAAGAAGGCGAGCGACGCCGAGAGCAAGGUCUUCUACCUGAAGAUGAAGGGAGACUACUACCGGUACCUGGCGGAGGUGGCCACCGGGGAGGACCGCAAGAAGACGAUAGACAGCGCCCAGGAAGCCUACCAAGAGGCCAUGGACAUCAGCAAAAAGGAGAUGCAGCCCACGAACCCCAUCCGCCUGGGGCUGGCCCUCAACUUCUCCGUCUUCCACUAUGAGAUCGCCAACGCCCCCGACCAGGCCAUCUCCCUGGCCAAGACCACCUUCGACGAGGCCAUGGGGGACCUGCACACGCUCAGCGAAGACUCCUACAAGGACAGCACCCUCAUCAUGCAGCUGCUCAGGGACAACCUCACGCUAUGGACAGCUGAGUGCGCCGGGGAAGACGGCGGCGAGGCUGGAGAAGAGCCCAAGAACUGAACGGCCCCCACGGGGCUGGGGACCGGCCCCACCUGCCCCCUCAGCCCCUUUGGCAUCUCCUCAUGUGGCUGAUUUUUGGUUUGGUUUUAGGUUUUUUUUUGGUUGUUCUUGGUUGUUUUUUUGGGGGGGAGGUGUCUCAGCUCCCCCUGCCUGGAUGCCAGGAGUGGGGGGGCAGGCCGUGCGUGGUGGUUGCUGGGUGGCUUUGGCAUGGCCACCCCCUCCAUCCUCCCACAUCUUCCCUGUCCCCCAAGCUUUUGUCUGUGGGGUGGAAAGGGAAGGAGAGGGGGGAAGGAGAGGGCU